UAAAGAAUAUUUCUAGAUAUGCGGAUAUGCCACAUAUUAUACGCACACACAUAUUUGCGUGUUUGAUAAAUUAAAUUAAAAUACCAUUUUCUCAAAACAAAAAUAAAAAUAAAAUACUAGUAUAUUCAUGUCUAAUAUUGUCUUACCCUUUAACUCAAUCCUCUUAACAAAUCCGCCUUCACACACACACACACACACACGCUUGUAUAUAUUUUUGUUUUGUUUCCAUCGUCUCUCUCUUUCUCUCUCUUUGCUUGCUUCUCUCCUUUCCUCUACAUCAAGGCAGUCUCAUGGAGGAUUACAAGAGAAGUGAACAGUAUAAUGCUUCUUCCCAACAUGAUCAUGAGAUUGCAAUGGUUGAUAAAAAGUAUGGCGGACUUGUUCCCAAAAAGAAGCCUCUAAUAUCAAAGGACCAUGAGCGGGCCUUCUUUGACUCGGCAGAUUGGGCUCUAUGCAAGCAAGGUGCAGGAAUUGAUCAAAAAUCAACAAUUGCUAUCGAGACAUUGCGACCAAAAUUACAGAGAACUCCUCACCAGCAAUUGCCUCCUCGAAGGCCUGCUUGUACAUCUUAAUUAAUCGCCAGCCAUUCUGUAUUUAAUUUAUACACAAUAUAUACACUAAAAUAUAUGUUUGGAAAUAUUGUUCAGUCGCAAUUUACACAAAUUGUUGGCC